AUGCCUCGGAAGUCUCAGAAGAUUUCCUGCCCUCCUGCCCCCAAGGCAGUACCGCCAAAUGUUAGGCCGCAGGUUCAGGGGUGGCUUAACGCCGUUGACAAAUACGCAUCCGAAGUCUCCGACGGCAAAUUCACAUCCAUGGCCCUGCCAAGCAUGACUCUCGAUGAGCUGAACGGCUUUCUGCAAGGCUUCUUUCGUCAGCUCAAAAGGAAAGAUGGCUACCUGUACCCUCCCACAUCCAUAGCCACCUGUUUCAGGUCGUUGAACCACUAUAUCAGGAGCACGCGACAGGAUGGGCUGGACUUGAGUAAAGAUGAGCGAUUUGCAGUAUUGCGGGAGCUUGUUGAGACAAGGAAGCUACAAGGAGCAACACUCGCGGGGAGUGAGACGUGGGGAGCGCACGGAACUCGAUCCGUCAAGAAGGCUGCAACCAGGCAAACCGCCAAGAAGACUCCAACCCUUCAACCACCAGAACAGAAUGCUGGGAAAAGGAAGGAGCGGCCAAGUCCAUCUUCCUCAGAGAUCAGCGAUGUCGAGGAUUCUUCUGAGAGCCAGGAAAUCGAGAUCACGGACAAGGCGGCCGAGCGAACGGAACCCGCCAGCGACAAUGCAGUCAAACAGAUGGCUAUGGAAACAGAGGCACCCAACGUCCGCCUCCACGAGCGGGAAGAUACACCCGCCACGGCACACAUGAUCUCGGAGAGCUCCGUGAACAUCUUUUCCGACGCGACCAGCGACGAAGAUGAGGAGGACGCAGUUAGCGACACUGAUAGGGCCAGCCAGCGAACGUUCGAUGACUCCGACUCAUACUCAGACCUCAAUGUGAACGAUCUGAACACAGAGCCCGCCGCGCCCGUGCUUCCGUCCGAUCGCACGCUUCCUCCCUGUGAGGAGAUGGAUGUUGCUCUGCAAAAGAUUUUGAGCCAGCGGAAACAAGGAGUCGGCACUAAAGCGACUACGCAAGACCGCAAUUUGCAGGCGCUGGAAACACAAGGUUUUAAGACGGUCAGACGACUCGCAAGAAACACGAUGAUGUUUGGCUGUGACGAUCGGCGACUUCGGUCUCCGACUGGUGCUGGCGAAACAGUGAAACUCACGAGCAGUGUGCGGACCAGGGGUGAAAACGGCGCGAGCGGACACCGGCCAUUGGAUCAAGGCGGAAUUCAGAAAUCGUCGGAACUCGUGAAUCAAGAAAGCCGAUCGAGCAAUGGCAGCGGCAAUCUCAUGACAGCAAUCCCCGGAAUGAGCACGCAAUCAGUGCUCCCCGACACCAACCACGGAAACGGGAAGCCCCCCCAGGAAGUUCAACCCCCGGACGUGGUGGGCCCCAUCCGGCGACACACCCUUCCGCGCACCCAACUCGCAACCCAUAAUCCAUUCCUGACCUUCCCCAAUAUCGGGAACAUGCUCCCGAACGCCGCGCCCAUCGGCAUGCUCCGCCCCUACGCCUACUCUCCGAGCACCACCGCGGAUCAGCGGAUGUACUCGCCGCCAAUAAAUUCGCCGCCGAUUUACUCGCCGCCGCCGCCGCCGCCGCCUACGGCGCCCGUAUGGGACUUCCAUAUGACGGCCGCGGCGUUGCGGGAGGGCGGCGUGUUUGAGGGGUUGGCGGGGUUGCUGAUGUCGGCGUCUCGGGAGGGUGGAAGGAUUGCGGUGCAUUUUGAUUCGUAA